UAAAAAAUGCCGGCACACUUCUCAAAAUUGAAAAAAAUGUGUUUUUGUUUCAAAAGAUAACAGUUGUCUCAGAAUUUACGUUAAUUUUAAUUAAUUUCAUCCAGAUUAACUUUAGAGUGUGAUUAUCUAAUUGUUAUAUCGUUCAUAAAUGUCUUUAAUACCUAGUUAACGUAACCUCAUAUUGUAAUAUCGGUUUACACUCCUUCGCGAGUACAACUUUUAUCUGAAGAAACACAAACAUCAACCAUGGAGGAAACGGAUUUGAAUAAUUUGCUCAUAAACGCCGAGCAACUAGCUUUAAAUCCCGAAGAAAACAUAGGAGAGUUACCCAAAAUCGAACGAACUCUCAAACAAGUCUACGAUGCCACCAACGAAUUAUGGUCGAGACUCACCAGCGAAGGAUUGAAAGAUAACGAAGCGAAUCUGCUACUUUCCACACGAGGAGUAGACUUGCCAUUCUUAUCGCAGAAACUAGAACGUAUCACAGCUCGAAGAUCGUUACAGCCUCUUGAUCCUACUCCGGUUACCGAUAUCGAUGCUUUUUUGAAAAACGAAUUGGAAAAUUCUAUUUUAUCCAUCGUCGAAUACACAAGUCAAACGUUGGAAGAAGAACAUCAAAAACGAAUCGACGAAGAAAUCAAGAAAACCGCUCGUAAUCGUAGACUGAAAUUCUUGAAUUGUUUGUACGGGUUAUCAGAAUUAGAUCCUGAGAUUCCAGUUACUAGAAAAGUUUAUCCUUUAAAAGAACUGUACUUCAGUUCAACUAGUCAUAUGGAUCAAUAUCAAAUCGCGUACGCUGAAAAACUCAUCGAAUACAAUAAAGAAGUAUUGGACGAUAAAACAAAACUAGAUCUGUUAUCAAAAUUCAUGUCGGUGGCGGCUCCAAAUGAUCAAAAAGUGAACGAAUUGUGGAGAAUAGCUUCAACGAUGAGUCAAAUACCUCCUGUUAGUAAAGGAACUAUUCUAGAAGCCAGAACUAGUUCGAUGGUAGUCGAUAAGAUGAUUCGGCAAGCUCGUAUCUACUUGGAAGAUCGGUACAAAAUGUUCAUGGAAUCUGUAGUCUCGAGCAACAUGUUGACUGCUUGUCGAGGAGGCGAACCUGGCACCUACGCUUUAGUCCGAAGUUUCGUCAAAGCUGGAAACGUUACCGAAUAUCUCGGUAUGGAACAAGUAUUCGUCGACGGAUUACCUUUCUGGCCGGUAUUUUACUACUGUUUGAGAUGCGGCGAUCUCGAGGCAGCUUUACAUUGCGUCAAACAAUUAAGCAGCGACUUCGGCGACCUCGUGAAAAUCGUUUGUGAAAUGCGUAACACGUCUUCUCGUCGACUAGCUCCUCAAACCGAGAAGAACUUUUUACUCGAGUACAAACGCAUGGUUCGAAACACCCCGGAUCCCUUCAAAAGAAUUGUAUAUUGCGCCAUUGGUGGCUGCGAUGUGACCGAUAAACACCCGGAAGUUGUGAAAACGGCCGAUGAUUACUUAUGGUUGCGUUUAUGCCAAGUACGAGACUACGGUGAAAAUGAUAACUUGAACGAAAGCCUUAUACCGAGUUCGGAUCGUUUGAGUUACUCCCUACUGCAGUCUUUGAUAUCGGAAGAGUACGGCGAAACGUAUUUCAACGCUUCGGAGCAGCCUCAUGUUUACUUCCAAAUGCUCUUUUUAACCGGACAGUUCGAAGCUGGAAUCGAAAUCUUAUACAGGAGCGCGAAAUUCGCCACGCAUUCCGUUCAUAUCGCUAUAGCUUUGCACGAGCAAGGAUUAUUAGCCUUAUCGGAUAAUAUUUCGAGGCCUAUUUUAUCGUCUAUAUUUAAAGUAGAUCCUAAACCUUUAAAAAGGCUCAAUUUGUGUACCAUUGUCAAAACGUACGCUGGUACUUUGCCCGAAGCUGAUGCCGAAGUAGCGUUGAAUUAUUUGUUCACUUUGAGAAAUGUUACGUAUUCGAGCAAAGAAAAUAAUCUGAAGAUGUUCCCUCAGUUAGUCUACGAGUUAAUUCUAAGUACCGAAAAUUACGGUCAAAUUCUCGGGUUCUUGGAACCGGACGGGUGUCGCGUUAAAGGCUUAUACGACGAGUUCGCCGCAUCUAAGUUCCAAACCGACGAAUUAAUUAAUCACGUAGCCAAUUCAUUGGAAAUGAAAGGAGAUUACUUCAACGCUAUUAAAUUAUACGAAUUAUGCGGACAUUAUGAAAAAAUGAUGUCGGUAUGGAGUAGUCAAAUGAGCCGCCAUUUAACCAACUCGAGCUGCCAAUCGGAAGAAAUUCGUAAUAAUUUGUACACUUACUCGGAGCAAUUCCUCAAACGAACCAAUGAGUCGAGUAUCACCUUCCAUGUGGAUACGAAACGUACCUUCGAUGCGUUCUGCUUACUGUACACUUUCUUCCAAUAUUAUAAUAAUCGCGAAUACCAGUCUGCGUUAUCGCUUAUUCAACACUCCAAAUUUCUACCUUUAUCCAGCGAAGAAGUUGAGCUGAAGGUUAACGAAUUCAAGUCUGCUAAUAUGUUAGUUGUUCAAGUGUUGCCUGAUGUGUUGAUCGCAGUUAUGAAUAUUUUACAUAAUCAAUACAACUCGUUGAAGCAAGGAUACUCGAUGAGACAAGUAGACGAUUCGAACGAGAAAACAAUGGCAUUACUUCGUCAUCGAGCCCAGGCCAUUACAUCUUUUGUCGGCCGUGUACCUUUCCAAUUCAUGAGCGACGUGUAUACUAGAUUAGUACAAAUGGAGGUUUCAAUGCGAUAACAAACAAAGUCAACGUGAAAAAUUUAUUAGAUAAAGAAAGUUUUUGUAUUAUUUUUUCUAACGUUUUUUUCCAUAUUUUUUUCUGCCUCAGUCCACCUAAGUUUGUUUUUAAAAAACUGAUUAUUUCAUAUGGAUAAUGGCUUAAGUUGUACAGCGGCCUGAAAGUGAAAAGAGAGGUCGGAGUUAUUAUUUUUAUCAUUACAAAAUUUUGUGUACUUGAA